AGAAGAAGAGACUGAAGCCGGAAAAAGCCCAGGCGCCAAAAACGAAACAAUUCUCCAAGUUGGAAUAGAUGUAAACAAACGAUUAUUUAUUUGUAAUCGAGUUUAUUAGUAAACGUUCAGACUCGUGUGUAUGACCAUGGAGCCGACGGAGCGGUUCUUCUCCAGACUCCGGAAGCUGGCGGUGACCCUGGAGUCAGAAACCACCAAACUCCAGCAGUCUUUCGAUAACCGCGACAACAACGAGGUUGACAGCGAAACCACUGCGAAGGCGAUGCGAGCAUACCACGAACUGAAGUGCGACGUCGGGAACCUGAAGGGGCAGGUCCAGGAUCAGCUGACUCAACAACAAGCGCAGGAGAAUGAGGUGAGCAGCUUCAUCAAGGCCUGCACAGUGAUGGAGCAGAGGGUCAGUCAGGACAUCCAGACUCUGAAGGAACACUUUGAAAACUACGGCUACGAGGCUCCCAGAGAUGCCCAGAGACUAACCAAAGACAACCACCAGGACUCAGAUACUGAAGAAGUGGCAGAUGAAGGUGAAAGUAAUUCAGCAGGAGAAGAAGAGGGAAGCCAGGAGGAGGCUGAAGAUGAUCAGGCCUCAUCAUCUCUGACAAUGGAGCCGCCACCCUUCACUGACGUAAUGCGAACCCCGCAGCUCUCUGACUUUGGUCUGUCUGAGAUUUUGCUGAAGAGAGGCCUGGCUGGGGCAGAGUGGUGCUCUGAAGUGCCCCGCAUGCCUGAGAUAAGACUUCCUCACCCCACUAUGAGCACGCCCACGCCACCACCAAUGCCCUUAACACCCAAGCGUGCCCUGCGGAUGGAUGACACCGAGCUUCAGAGUCCUCAGAUGCACAACUUUGGCAUCUCCGAGCACACAAUGUGUCUGUACAACGACUUCACUAUGAAUCUGAUCCAGAAGAACGUCGACAAGCCUCAAACAUCCUCACAAGACAAACCUGUACCUACCUUGGAAUCUCUAAAGGAGAGUUUACAGACUAAAGCAGAAAACUUGGAGUCCCCAGAGCUGCCUGUGUUUUCCACCCAGGGAUUCAAAAUCAAAAAGACAAACAAACCAACAGCAAACUGCUCCCCAACAGCGCACGGCAGUGGUGACCCAGAAUCCCCCACUCGUCCUGGACCCCUGUGUACCACCCCUGAGGUCCCCGCUUUUCAAACACCAUACUUGAGCCGGCUUGUGAGCACAAAAAAGCAGAGCGCAGAGCAGCCAGAGCCUAUCAGCAUGCAAACUGAUGAUGACGGCCACAGCUCCAAACUUUUGACGCCAACUCAUAACCCAGCGACCGGCUCCAAACGCAUGUGGGAGUACAAUGUGCCCGAGAUAUUCAUCAUGGGUGAGGAGGACAAGCAAAUGCCAGAGAUGCCCAACCUGGAGUCUUGUUUGGGGAAAUCUCUACAAAAUAGAAGUGCAAAAAUCCCAAAGAGGACUGGUGUGCAUGAACAGGUGACGGAGGAGCUUGCUUUUCACAGCCUGGAGCUGGACGAACCCACCCAGGAGUUCAGCUUGGGGACACCUCGCAUCAGGAGGGACUACCAAGAGCCCAGCACCCCUGAGAUGCCCGACCUCAGCUCUGUGACACAGGACAUCUGUAAACUUGUGUCCCAGGGUCAGUUGAAAAAGACAGGAGUGGCAGUUGUGCAACCAAAUGUCAGAACAGAAAAACAUAAAAACAGUGCUCCGAGUCUGUCUGCGGUGUCAGAGAGCGAGUUCCAGAGUUUACCACGCUACAUGAGGCAGAUGACGCUGUACAACCUCAACCAGGUCGUCCACAACAUCAACAAGUUCAUAGCAGAGUUUCCAGGAGAAAAGACAGAACUGAAUUUGGAGGAGCUGAAGAGGAUCACCAAUGUAGGGACCAAGACGCCCGUGUUCGUCCUGUGUCUCACCGAGCUCAAGAGGCUGCAGCAAGUGGGGGGAGCCAAGAACAACGCCGUGUACAAACUGAGCGCACAUACCUAACUGUUGCAUGAAACUGAAAUCUAUUUUUAUCUCAACUCACAAAACGCUGCUUAUUCAAGUUGUAGCUGCCGGUUUCUGGUUCUCUCAAUUUGCACUAAUGUGAGUUUAUGGAUCUGAAUAUAAAUUUACAUGUAUAUAAUAAAUCCUAACAUUUCUGAACAUUGUUUGAAAA